AACAUUCACAGCAACAUAACAACGACCAGCAACAGCUGAAAACCGAGCCAUCAUGAAAGUCGUGAUUAUAUUAGCGUGCUGGACAGCGCUGGCCGCCGCCCAAAUCUUAAGGCCAAUUGUCGCCGAUUUAGAUGCGGCCGCAGAUCAUCAUGAGAGCCACGGCGGAGGCCAUGGAGGUCACCAUGGCGGAAGCAGUCACCACGGCGGAGGCGGUCACCACGGCGGAGGCGGAGGCGGUCACCACGGUGGAGGCAGCAGUCACCACGGCGGAGGUAGUAACCACGGCGGAGGCGGACAUUACGGAGGCGGGGAAUAUGGACGCAAACGCCGCUCUAUUGAAGAAAUCCAAGCAGCAAUCGCCGUUGCGGAAUCCGUCGUCGAUGCCUCUGCUGAUUUAGACGUGGCCGCAGAUCAUCAUGGGACAAACGGCGGAGGCCAUGGAGGUCAUCAUGGCGGAAGCAGUCACCACAGCGGAGGUGGUCACUACGGCGGAAGCAGUCACCACGGCGGAGGUGGUCAUAAUGGCGGAGGUGGUCAUAACGGAGGCGGACAUUACGGUGGCGGUGAUUGGGGACGCAAUCGCCGCUCUAUUGAAGAAAUCCAAGCAGCAGCAAUCGCCGUUCAGGAAUCCGUCGUCGAUAACUCUGCCGAUUUAGAUGUGGCCGCACAACACGACGAGGGCUACGGUUUUUCGAGCUUCGGAACGUUAUGGUGA